ACUGACAGAUCAUCCGGUAUUAUGCUAACUGUCAAUCUCUCACUGACAACCCGUAAACGCGAAGAGCGACACCGCCGCUACGGAGUCCUGCACCGAGCAUUGAGUUGCAACCCGCGUCCCGCGGCAUAAAUCAUACAUACGGCCUCCCCUUAAAGCAGGCGCCGGGAGCAGCGCCGCAGUUGUCGCUGUCAUACCGACCAAGAGAGAGGAGAGCGUUGAGUAACUCAAUGGCCAGGUAUCGGAGGAUUUCCCUCCCCUUCGAAACUGUUUUGAAUGGGAUAUGGGAUCCAUACGCUUGGGGCUCGCCGCUCGUGGCUUGUGCCCAACCGACCGACCCCCAUUCCGAUCCCCACACCCCGAUCAGCGCGGGAUGCCCACCCAGGAAAUUAGAGGGUCCCGCCAUUUACUGUGUAAGACCCCCUCCUCCUCCAUCCUCAGUUUUACAAGUACUUGGUGCAAAGGAGGGAUGGGGGUUGAUAAAAGUACGGAACUCGUGGACAGGUUGCGACGACAGCUGCCAGCUGCAGUACAGUGUGUAUAGUAGAUUCAUGGGCUCGUUGGGGGGAGGUAGGUGGCGCUCCGCAGGUAUCCGCGGGGUUGGGGGUUUACAUCAAUCUGGCAACUCCGCUGUUGGCGUAGCCUACUUGACGUUUGCAACCUGGGGUAGUAGUCUAAGAAAUGAGAUGACGGUGGCGGUCGUAUCUACCGGGUCCACUGGGUCGAGGCUAUGUGUAAAUUGACAAGGAUCGAGAAGGGGCUGGGCGUGGCUGGAAGACGUUGUUGGGGCGGAUAUAAAUAUAGAUAAGAUAGAGAUAGCCCGGUCUGUGAGACCCUGGCUGGGUCAUGUGGCCAGGUGAAGGAAGAAUGAACCGCUGAAGGGGGGAAGGGGGAAGCUGAGGAACCGAGCUUGGUCUGGAUUUCUGAGCAGUCGUCGCUUGGCGCGUUUUAUUUCAUCGACAAGAUAGAUCGGAGACAUUGGCG